AUGACCAGUCGACUUCCCCCUGAAAUUUAUCACCUCUUCAUCGACGAGUUGGCAGAUUCACCCCAGCUUCUCAAAUCAUUUUCCUUCGUGUCGCACGUCUGGUUAUCUAGAUGCCGCACACACCUUUUUAAACAGUUUAGUCUGCACUGUAUGCCUUCAGCUGUGCAUGAUGCUGUCGAGGAGUAUUCAGAGUGUUGGUACCCAGCGAAUUCUUUUCCGGCCGAUGACCCUGGUGCCGCAGUAACUGGUUCAGAAGGAUAUUGUUCUCUGAAAUCACUUCUGAAAGUCCAACAAAUCCAACAAUCCAUACGGGAACUAUCAUUGAUCGAAGGAAACACGGUAGAUUGUAAUCGCUACAAGAAGCUUGAUUUUGGAAUGUGCUUAUCGGAGUUGGCAACCAACAUACAGUUUCCAAACCUCAACGCCCUCGCUGUCUCGUUCAAUGGACCCGGAUCACGGGAGUAUUGCUUAGGUGUCACCGCGGUAGGGGAGCUCAUGCGUAUCCAUUCGAAGCUGGAACACCUUGGCAUAUCCUCCCUUUAUCUUGACACUCACUGUUUGCAAAACCUUCUCUCCUCUAUGAGGGUCUGCGCCCAAUUGUCAAGUAUUACACUCGAAUGCAUCACUUGCGCAGCUGGUACAGAGUCUUUGAUUUCUCGCGACUCUUCUUUAGCGUUGGAAGAGAACACCGCAGCAUUACCCCAGUGGUCUCGUGCACCGAUUCAGAGGCUCUCUUUGUCCGACGUUGGUCUUAGUUUGGUCGAAGUUUUGUUUUCUCCAACAAAACCGACCAUAUUCCAGAUAGAACUGAAGUCACUGGCCAUUGAUUGUUCGAAUCUGGACAGUAAUCACGGAACGAUGGAAGGGAGCGUAGGAUUUAGGUUGAUAGACCGUCAUGCGUCCAGUCUACAACACCUCUUACUGAAACAUCCAAAAGCAAUUAAUCAUGGUCUGUACCUUGUGCAAUUUCAUAGACCCACCUGA